AUGUUGCGUUUGUUGACUCGUCAAUUUUGCGCGCUUCGUCCGUGUGCAGCCGGGUCACAACGAGAGGGUGUUCGUCUCAGAAGUCUUGGCGGAACAGCUAAAGAUCAGGACACAUUAAAGCUCGUCUUUGAGAAAUCCCGAGAAGUGAAUCCAAAAGGGUUGGUCAAGAUCAUCCGCAAGGGUGAAAACCUCGGAGUGAUGAGCCUCCGAGAUGCAUUGGCACACAUUGAUCUUUCCAAGGAAGGGUUCCUGUUUAUGGGGUCUGUUAGGGACCAAAAGUUCGGCGAAGUUGGGUUGUUGAAGGUGGAUUCUACACAGAAGGCACGGAAGCAGCUUACAAAGCAUUUACAGCAACAAAAGACGCAGCAGUUUCAACGGGAGAAUCCACGUCUUGUAGCCAAACAGCAAAAGCAGGAAAGUCGACAGAAAGAACUCGACGUCAAAAUGGUCAGAGUCUCUUGGCAGAUCACUCUGCACGAUCUCACCAGCCAGAAGCGACACGAAGUUGAGACACAAGUCAAGAAAGGUGAGAGAGUCCGUAUUGUUAUUGAUGAUAAGGACAAUUUCGAUGCUGACGUCAGGGUGGCAGGAGAUGAAAGAUCUCUGACAGAACUGGAAGCCACCAAAAGAGGGAAAAUUGAGAAUUUCCUUGACGAACUACUUGAAGAGCUUGGAGUUGAGGUCCAUAAAGAAGGUGAGAUUUACGAUAAAGUGUCUUACGACGUGAAACCACAAGAACGGAAGAACGAACUUUCUCCGGAGGAAAAAAAGCGUCUGAAGCAAUUGAAGAAACAGGAAAAACAGGAAAAGCUGCGCCAGCGCACAGAGGAGAAGCGCAGGAAGGCACAGGAGGAAUUUAAGAUCCUCACAGUGGACUAAAAAAAGAUAAAAUUCGAAAAUCCAUAUUUUCCCUAUACCCUUUGGCCUAUGCGACCACCUUCAUAUUAUUUAUCUCAAGGAUGUAUCUUUGCUCCUUGAAUUUCUGCGAAGCCUGGUGGCUUUUGAUGUAUUUCCACCCUAGCAACUUGUGGCAUUGGUGGCAUUUGAUAUCACAAACGGUGUAUAAACCAGAGGUCAUCUCUCGCACCUCGGGUUCGCCAAGGACGACAUUGACAACGUUGUUGAUGAGCAAAGCAUCUCCGGUUUUGCCUGUAUAUUGAUCACUGAUGAUCUGGCUGGAAGAAGAUAAAUGGGUUAAACAUUGCCCGCACCCAUACGUGAUUGCUAUACCAUUCUUGUUAUAUUUGGAAGUCUUUCGGUAGAGGGGCUUCAAUCUUGAGGAAGUGGACGAAGAGGCCAUGAAUCGUGGGGAGUGCGAGUAAAGAAACCGUGUGGCGGGGCUACGGGCAUAGAAAUCUGGAAAUCGUGAUUCAGUGUCGCAAUCUUCAUCAUCGUCCUCUACUUCAGAGGAUCCAUACCCGAACCCAUCAUAGCAUGGAUGCGCGCAAAAUACUUGUUUGGAAUGGAUCGGAUGAUCGGGAAAAUCGUUGUCAACACCAUCUGGGUCCAGACAUUGAGAAUAUCUAAGACCCAUGCUGGUUAUAGAAUAGACACCUUCUGAAUUUGCACCUGAUUUAAUUAAUUAUCUUAUCUGCAGCCCCUUAAAGGAGAGCCACAACAUGACAUCCUUGCACCACAAGCAAACGGGAUCCACGUUUUUUCCUUCGGAGUAUAAGAUAUUUUUGCUGUUGCGAUUGGCUGCGUGAAAGGACGAUAUGGCCGAACAGCGUGAGUCAUGACCGAGCGCUCAUUGAGGUGAUGAAGGUCAUCCAUCCGAAAGCUGAGGCCAUGUUCUGCAGGCAUGGCACCAUUUGCAAAUUACGUAAUAUCUGAUACGAGUCUAGCCUGCGGUAGCGGGUAUGGAUAAUCCGCAUGUGUCAAUUGCGGGCGACAGGCAAGGAAAAAGCUAUCCCUAGACGAAAUAAAACUUGUAUAUACAUGGGUAGCCAACUCGAUUGUCACCAACCAG